AUGGCCUUGUUCUCCCUUGCAGUUUUGGCAAUUACAGCUGGUGUAGCGGUCGACGCCGCUGCUUGGCCCAGCCCAUCUGGGUCGACUAAAGUCCCAAAGAAGAUGGUGAUUAAAGCCGGUCAAGUCUUCGACGGAAAGAGCCAAAGAUUUGUCAGCGGUUGGGGCGGUGGUGACCAAGAAGAAGGACAAGACCCCAUCUUUGAACUGGAAGCAGGAGCUUCUAUCAAGAAUGUUGUGAUUGGAGCCCCCGCAGCCGAUGGUAUCCACUGUUUGGGAUCUUGUGACAUCACAAACGUCUUCUGGGAGGAUGUUGGAGAAGAUGCCGCUACUUUCAAAGGCAAGGCUUCAGACAAGUACAACAUCAUCGGCGGAGGAGCAAAGAAAGCUGAUGACAAGGUCUUCCAACACAACGGAGGCGGCACUGUUACCAUCAAGAACUUUGAUGUAGGUUGGGGAGGAAUUCAAGACUUUCAAAUAACUCUAUAAUUUAGUUUUUGCCAAAAUCUUUUUGCAAUCCUAAUUCCUUACAUUUAGGCCCAAGACAUCGGAAAACUCUACCGCUCUUGCGGAAACUGUGUUAACAAUGGAUUCGAUCGUCACGUCGUUAUGGAUGGCAUUACCGUUUCUGGAACGAUGAAAGUCCUUGCCGGUGUUAACGGCAAUUACGGCGACACUGCAACCCUCACGAAUGUGAAAGCCCCAGCCGGCGGUGUGGCUUGCGAAAACUUCCAAGGAGUCAACGACAACAAAGUUGAGCCAAAAGGAGUGGCCUCUUACAAGGUCGGACAAGACGGCGAUGGCAAGGUCUGCAUCUUCAAGAAGGCUGACGUUACCGCCGCUUAG